AGCUCUCAGCUGUAAAGGCAUGGUAUGGUGGAAGACAAAAUAAGAAUAUCGAUUGUAAAUGAGUUACUCUGAGUUCACUGAUGGAACUUAUGCUGGAGGCAGCUCAGCUGAGCCAAUGUCCUUUCCUGAGUCCAAAUUUCAGCUGCGCUAUGGCAACAUCACAUUUGAAAAUCUUCAGGACAUAGAACUUGCAAUCAUAGUCAUGAAGGAGCUGAAAUUCAUGUUAUCGUCACAUUACAGAUGUUACUUUGAUCAGACAACUACCCUUGGGGAUCAAAUAGAUGAGUUUCUGGACACCCAAUAUCAUAGGAAUGUGGUGGAUCCAGGUGUUAAGACAAGACUUUGUGCUGUUAUGAAGGGCCUUCUUUACGAGAGAAAUCAGAUUAACCACACUGAGGGAAUUGAUUUUUUGAGAGACAGGAGCAAGUUCAUAAAUCAGAGCAUGGAGGUUUUUGUGAACCUGAGUCCUACAGAGAAUGGCAUCUGUGUGUCGCCCGCUCGACAUAGUGUCCUGGUUCCUUGUCCUAAUUCACAGUCUCUUUUGGAGGAUCUCACGUUUAUUGACUAUGAGCAAUACGAGGACAUCAGUAUCGCUGUAAAGGUCACCAAGAGAAUAGACCACAUCCUGAGGGAGGUUUUCCAGCAGCGUGGUGAGACUCUACAACAGAAAAUAAACAACUUUCCAUACGAUGCAAACAACAUCAAGCGAAAGAUGUCACAAGUCAAUGCUAUCAAAAAUAAGAUAGUUAACGAGCGUUAUUUAAUAACUUUGACAACCGUGUGGAGUUCAUCAACCUAGCUCAAUCAAUAUUUGCUAAUCUGAUUGAGAUUGUGGACAGUGGAAAAGUUUACAAAUUUGGGAACAACCUAAACCUUGACAUACUGAGUAACACUACAGAGGACAACAACAUGACAGCUUCAGUGAACGAUGCGACAACAGUUUCAACAUAUCACAUACCUGCCCAUGCUCCAGGGCCAGCCACCUACACCUAUCCUACCUCUCAAACUCUCUCAGCCCCCUUCUCACCUCCCUCCGCCCCCAGAAGCUUCAAUAACUCCUGGGCUACCAGUGGCAACUAUGAGAAACUUCCUUCCUUCAGAGACGACUCAACAAUCCCAAUGGAUGCAGAAACAUUAAAUAUGAGGGAAUACCACAAGCAAUCUGAGAGAUACCCAACACAAGCUGAGAGAUAUCCACCAGAUAGAUACCCACCUGAGAGAUACCUACCAACCCACACUGUACCAGCAUCUGGUACUCGUUAUGAGAAGUUACCCCACACAGUUGAAGUGGUUGAGAGGAGGUUGGUGCGGGUUGAUGGAAGACACAGAAGGAAGAACAGGAAAAUGGCGAGCUGUUGCAGAAACACUUGUAUUGGUGUUACAAUUGCUUUGUUUAUGGUGGCUUUAAGCGUCGUCUGCUGGAAAUUCCUGUUCUAAUUAUGGCUUAUUUUACUCAGUGCCUUAAAAUCAAAUAAUCUAUCAUGUUACCGCUGAGCAAUAUUUAUGAAAAGCUCUAUUAGAAUUGGGUGAUGACCAAAUCAUGUAAGAAUUCUACACACAUACAGAACAGUCGUUUUCAUCUUUUGAAGAUUAAGAUUAUAAACCCUUUUAUACCAAAUGUAUAAAACUGUAAUUCUAUAUUUAAGUACUAAAUGGUUUAUAGCUUCACAUAUCCUUGCAGAUGUAUAAACCACAAGAAUCUAUUUCAAUAUUUGGUUAUGUUGAUGAUUGUUUGUUCAUUUCAUUCAGAACAGGGUUGGGCUUUUUAUAGAUAUUCAAUGGCAGAAUUUAGUUUUUGCUACAUUUAAAAUGGUUUUAAAAAUAA